UGAGCAGGAAACAUAGGAACUACGAAGAUCAAAACAUGGUGUAUCUAAAACGAAAAUAGAAAUAGCAUGGCUGAUAAUGAACGCUUCUAUUACGUUUAUAGCUGUGAUUUGGACGCUAAUGUAUCACUGAAAAUAGGAAAUCUCGAGGGUAAAAGAGAAAAGAAGGAUUAUAGAACCUUAGUUGAAGAUCCGCAACUACGAUUUUCUGGUCUUUAUCAAAGUGAAUAUUCAGACUUAUAUGUAACCUGUCAGGUGUUUGCAGAUGGCCAGCCAAUAGGUUUACCAACAAGGACAGCAUAUAGACCAUUUAACACUAGAUGGAAUUGGAAUGAAUGGAUAACUUUGCCAUUGAGGUACAAGGACCUUCCUCGUUCAUCACAAAUUGCUCUUACAAUAUGGGACAUAUAUGGUCCAAGGAAAUCUCUCCUUGUUGGUGGAACGACUGUGUCUCUGUUUGGAAAGUCCGGGAUAUUUAGACGAGGAAUGCAUGAUCUGCAUGUAUGGCCUGAUGUUGAAGCUGAUGGCUGUGAACCAUCAAAGACACCAGGAAAGACAUCAGAUCCUGAUGACAAAAUGUGUUUAUUGGCCAAGCUAAGCAAGAAGCAUCACAAAGGUCGAAUGUGCAAAGUUGACUGGCUUGAUAGAUUGACUUUCCGAGAAAUUGAAAUGGUGAACGAGAAAGAAAAACAUAGACUGGAUUCCAUGUUCCUUAUGGUUGAAUUCCCAACAAUUGUUGAUGAUGGUUUGAGCUAUGCUGUUGUAUAUUAUGAAAAGCACUCCGAUGAAAAAGAAUUUUAUCUUAAUCCAGAGAUUGUUAAAAUACAUGAUCCAGAGUUAUUACAGGAGAAUCUAGUCGAGACAAAACAUCACAAAUUAGUUCGAAGUGUCCGCAGUGGAGCUAUUUCUCACGAUAUGAAACCGAAUGCUGCGGUCAGAGACCAACUUAAUCAAAUUGUUGGUUACCCUCCCAGCAAGAUUUUAACUUCAGAAGAAAAAGAUUUGCUCUGGCAGUUUCGAUUUUAUCUAUCCAGUCAAAAAAAGGCUUUGACGAAGUUCUUGAAAUGUGUUGAAUGGAACGAGGCUUCAGAAGCUGGACAGGCUCUUGAUCUUAUGCAUAAGUGGAGUUUAAUUGAUGUUGACGACGCGCUGGAAUUACUAAGCCCGCAAUUUACUAACCCAGCAGUCAGAAUUUAUGCUGUAUCGAGACUUCGUGAAGCUAAUGAUGAAGAUCUUCUGUUAUACUUACUGCAAUUGGUUCAGGCAUUAAGAUAUGAACCUGAUGUAGGUAGUAAUACUGCACUGAUUCAAGAGUUCUUGACCCAAGAGGAUGACAAAACGGAGGGUAAACCUGCACCGGAUGUUGAUAUAUCAGAUAAUUUGAAAUCUGUAGAAGAAAAAGGUUCAUAUCUUGAGGCAUUCCUUAUAUGGCGAGCAAGUCGGAGUGAUAUUCUAGCGACGUUUCUUUACUGGUAUCUUCGUGUAGAAAGCAGUGAAGACAACUCCAGUAAAGCUUAUGUUCUUUACAGUAAAAUAAUUCGUCGUUACAUAAAGUUUUUAAUCCAGGAUGCUGUUCCAGCCAAGGUUCGCAAAGCAAGGAUAUUGAAAAGGCAGCAGCAAUUUAAUGAUAAGUUAGUUGCAAUCAUGAAAAACGUCGCUCAGUUCAGUGGAAACAGAAAGAAAAAGAUUGAAAAAUUACAGACUAUUCUUGAUAAUCCUGAGUGGUUUGACAUCAAAGAACCUUUACCUCUACCACUUGAUCCUAACGUCAAAAUAACUGGAGUUGUUGCCGAAAAGACGUCGUUGUUCAAAAGCGCCAUGAUGCCUGCGAAAUUUACUUUCAAAACGGUCGAAGGCAAAGAAUACAUUGCAAUUUUCAAAAAUGGUGAUGAUUUGCGACAGGAUCAACUUAUUCUUCAAAUCAUACGACUCAUGGACAAGUUGUUGAUGCUUGAGAAUCUUGAUUUAAAGUUAACUCCAUAUAACGUGCUGGCUACAAGUACGAACAGUGGGUGUGUGCAGUUCAUUCAGUCUUGUGCUGUUGCUGAAGUUCUUGCUACAGAUGGCAGCAUACAGAAUUUCUUCCGUAAACACAGUCCUUCUGAAGGCUCUUCCUAUGGUAUCAGUCCCGAUGUUAUGGACACAUAUGUAAAAAGUUGUGCUGGUUAUUGUGUCAUUACAUACCUUCUUGGGGUGGGCGAUAGGCAUUUGGACAACCUAAUGCUCACAAAAUCUGGCAAUCUUUUUCACAUUGAUUUUGGCUACAUUCUUGGUCGCGAUCCUAAACCUCUUCCUCCUCCUAUGAAAUUGAGUAAAGAAAUGGUUGAGGCGAUGGGAGGAGCUCAGAGUGAAUUGUAUCAAGAAUUUCGACGUCAAUGUUAUACAGCAUUUUUACAUCUACGCAGGUCGGCGAAUUUAAUCCUUAAUCUUUUUGCUUUAAUGGUUGAUACGAAUGUUCCAGAUAUUGCUUUGGAACCCGACAAGACUGUCAAGAAGCUUGAAGCAAAGUUUCGUUUGGAUCUUUCUGAUGAAGAAGCUGUACAUUAUCUACAAUCAUUGAUUGAUGAAAGUGUUGGUGCUAUGUUUGCUGUUGUUGUUGAACAAAUCCAUAAAUUUGCUCAGUAUUGGAGAAGAUAGUUUGGCAAAUGAGGUAAACUACAAGGAAUGAGAAAUGGUGAUGUAGGUUGGCAGAAACUGUCAUAAAUAUAAUGUAUCUUGUAGGAUAUUUUUGUCUGUUUCAUGUUAGCAUACAUAAAGAAUUUACUUAAAUUUCACCUGGCAUUUUUUAUUUAAAUAUAUUACUAUUUACAGUUAAACAUAUUUACAAUGCUUAAAUCAA